AUGGGAACUUUCAACUCCAGUUCAGACAAGGCCUUCUUUUUAGUGGGCUUCUCAGAUUGGCCUCAUCUGGAACCUAUCUUUUUUGUCUUUAUUUCAAUUUUCUACUCCUUAACUCUCUUUGGCAACACUAUCAUCAUUGCUCUCUCCCGAAUGGACAUUCGACUGCACACUCCCAUGUACUUCUUCCUCUCCCACCUCUCCUUCCUGGACCUCUGCUACACCACCAGCACUGUGCCCCAGCUCCUGAUCAACCUCCAUGGACUGGACAGGACCAUCAGCUAUGGAAGGUGUGUAGCCCAGCUCCUUAUUUUUCUUGCUCUGGCUUCCACAGAGUGUGUGCUCUUGGGGGUCAUGGCCAUUGACCGCUAUGCAGCCGUGUGCCGUCCACUCCACUACACCACCAUCAUGCACCCUCAGCUGUGUCAGGCAUUGGCCAUCUCCUCCUGGGUAGGGGGACUUGUGAACUCUGUGAUUCAGACAAGUCUAAUGAUGGCCAUGCCUCUCUGUAGCCAUUGGCUAAAUCACUUCUUCUGUGAGAUGCCCAUAUUCCUAAAAUUGGUUUGUGAAGAAACAAAAAGAACAGAGGCUAAGAUGUUUGUAGCUCGAACAAUAGUCUUGGUCCUCCCUGCAGGACUAAUUCUAGGCUCCUAUGCACAGAUUGCCAGGGCAGUGCUGAAGAUCAAGUCAAUGGCUGGACGCAGAAAGGCUUUUGGAACUUGCGGCUCCCACAUGCUGGUGGUCUCUCUGUUUUAUGGCUCGGCCAUCUACACAUACUUACAACCCAAGGGCAGCUAUUCCGAGAGUGAGGGGAAGUUCGCUGCUCUUUUUUAUACCAUCAUCACCCCCAUGCUCAACCCUCUGAUCUAUACCCUGAGGAACAAGGAUGUGAAGGGGGCUCUAUGGAAGGUGCUAGGGAGAGCCACAGAUUCAGAGUAA